GACUAUGGCGUCCUCCUCGGUCCCGCCAACCACCGCACCGACGGCAACAGGGGGCCCUGGCCCGGGAUUCGGCUUCGCUUCCAAAACCAAGAAGAAGCAUUUCGUGCAGCAGAAGGUGAAGGUGUUCCGGGCGGCCGACCCGCUGGUGGGCGUGUUCCUGUGGGGCGUAGCACACUCGAUAAAUGAGCUGAGCCAGGUACCUCCCCCAGUGAUGUUGCUGCCAGAUGACUUUAAGGCUAGCUCCAAAAUCAAGGUCAACAAUCACCUUUUCCAUAGGGAAAAUCUGCCCAGUCACUUCAAGUUCAAGGAGUAUUGUCCCCAGGUCUUCAGGAACCUCCGUGAUCGAUUUGGCAUUGAUGACCAGGAUUACUUGGUAUCCCUUACCCGAAGCCCCCCAAGUGAAAGUGAAGGCAGUGAUGGUCGCUUCCUUAUCUCCUAUGAUCGGACUCUGGUCAUCAAAGAAGUAUCCAGUGAAGACAUUGCUGACAUGCAUAGCAACCUCUCCAACUACCACCAGUACAUUGUGAAGUGCCAUGGCAACACACUCCUGCCACAGUUCCUGGGGAUGUACCGGGUCAGUGUGGAAAAUGAAGACAGCUACAUGCUUGUGAUGCGCAAUAUGUUUAGCCACCGGCUUCCUGUGCACAGGAAGUAUGACCUCAAGGGUUCCCUAGUGUCUCGGGAAGCCAGCGAUAAGGAGAAGGUUAAAGAACUGCCCACACUUAAGGAUAUGGACUUCCUCAACAAGAACCAGAAAGUAUAUAUUGGUGAGGAGGAGAAGAAAGUGUUUCUGGAGAAGCUAAAGAGAGAUGUAGAGUUUCUAGUGCAGCUGAAGAUCAUGGACUACAGCCUUCUGCUGGGCAUCCACGACAUCAUCCGGGGCUCUGAACCAGAGGAGGAGGGACCUGUGCGGGAGGACGAGUCAGAGUGGGAUGGGGAUUGUAACCUGACUGGACCUCCUGCUCUGGUGGGCUCCUAUGGCACCUCCCCUGAGGGUAUUGGAGGCUACAUCCAUUCCCACCGGCCCCUGGGCCCUGGAGAGUUUGAGUCCUUCAUCGAUGUCUACGCCAUCCGGAGUGCUGAGGGGGCUCCCCAGAAGGAGGUGUAUUUCAUGGGCCUCAUUGACAUCCUGACACAGUAUGAUGCCAAGAAGAAAGCAGCUCAUGCAGCCAAAACUGUCAAGCAUGGGGCGGGAGCAGAGAUCUCUACUGUCCAUCCUGAGCAGUAUGCUAAGCGAUUCCUGGAUUUUAUUACCAACAUCUUUGCCUAAGAGCCUGCCUGAGCUGUGGUGAUUGCUGCUUUAUGUUCAAGGAGGAGCUGGGGGCAGGGGGUUGUUUGCCAUCUUCGGAACCUGACUGGACAGUGGACGUGGCUCAAGCAACUACUCUGGAUGUACUUUGCUGUGUGGGAUGAACUCAGAGUGUCUGAAUUUUACUGAUAACUUUAUAGAACUCACUGUGGCAUGCCUCCCUCCUGGUCGGCCCUGGGAUGGAGGACUUUCAGGCUACUACAGAUGUGGCGCAGGCAUGCACACACAAUGGAAAAUGGCCAAUCUGAAACAUGGAGGUGGGGUGGUGAGUGGUCAGCAGGCUGGCGCCUCACAGAAGCCGGACCUAAAGGGACUUUUGUGACUAUGCAGGGAAUUGGAGAGGGUGUUUGCCAAGGAUUGACGACUCUUCAGUCUCUUCUCCCAUCCCACCUUCACCCAGCUGUACUUCUGGACACAGGAGCCCAAAGAGGGCCAGAGGUGGUCAAGCCAGGGUAUAGAUAUCUGACUGCUGCCAGAAGUGUUCAAGCCAGGGUGUAGAUAUCUGACUGCUGCUGUGCUUCCCCUGAACCUUGCGCCUUUGCUGGGCUGGAACCCAUCAGUGAGUUUGUGGCCACUCACUGGAUGCUGGGAUGACGGGCCAGAGUUUAAAGUUCAUUCCCCAUGUUAGAUUUCUUUUCUUCCUAUCUAGCCAUUCCCAAGGUUUAUUUCCAGCAGAAGGGAAUAUCUCUACCUGGGUCAAUUCUGGUCAUUUCAAGAGGAUGGAGGUCUUGAGUGUGGGAACUUGCCCAUCUCCUGAAUGUGGGCACCUUCCCCUACCCUUACUCAGACCCUUUUUUCCAGUGGAAAUUGUUAUUCUGUUCUCUUCUGUCCCAUCUUAUGCUGUUACUGUGUCUCUCAGGGGACAGAUGGCCUACUUUGUCAUCUUCACUCUCCACCCCCAGAGAGGAGUCAGAGCCAUAACUCAAUCACCCAUCCCCCUUCAAAGAUAGCUGAGUUGGUGCAUGAUAUUCUCCGAAUGUAGAGGACUCUGAUGAGAUAAAUUGUCCUCCCCUCCCUCCCCAAUGCCUUUGGGGCCAAAACACCCAUUCAUCUUGCUUCCCCAUCCUCAUCCCCCUUGAGACUUCCAUACUUUUUUCCCCCUAAAGAUGCUCUGAAUCUGGCUGGGCUGAUUGGUCUCGGAAAAAGUCAUGAGACCCACAGGAAGAAGCUCUUCCCUUCACCUCUGCUCCAAAGGAAGUAGCAAGUGGGGUCCCAAUCAGGGCUUGAAGCCCCUAUAGUAUCUCCCUGUCAGGAGCCUGCUGAUUCUUUUCCAUCCCCACCAUCUACCUUUCCCCUGUUGAAUGCAAUAAAGCUCUGUGACACCAGCAGCCAUUGUUCUUCAGAACUGAGUUCUCUGACCAUGAGGCUGAUGUAUCAUGGGCAAUAUGGUCGCCUUCAUUUAUUGCCUGUUUUUCAUCUUUUUUGUUUUAUUAAUAAAAGAUCUUGUGUAUUUACUCCCAUUGCUAUCAUAAUACUGAAAAUAAAUUAUUC